UUAGCUUUUAUUCCUCCUCUUUAGCCCACCUUUAGUUAAAGCUGGGGUCUGUAGACGUCUCUAGGAGCGUGCGCGAGUGCGAAGUUGAGCUCUUGACUGUCACCAUGUGUAUAUGGCUUAAAAAAAAAAAAAAGCUGAAGGCUUGGGAGGCUUCACCUCAAGGGCUUGCAGAGAUGUUCGGGAAAGGGAAGUGACCGCUGUCUUCAGGGGUUACCCCUCUUGAAAUGUUGCCUUUGCAUGCGUGUUUAAGGAGUCGUGCGUACCUUGAACUGAUUCAAACUUUUGUCUUUCUAUGAAGAAAUAAGAACCAGCGAAGAUGGAGAUGUACGAGGUCCUUGACAAAGUGGGAGAGGGCAGUUACGGAACAGUAGUGAAGUGCCGACACAAGGACACGGGACAGACAGUGGCCAUUAAAAUAUUAUAUGAGAAAUCAGGAAAGCAUAUUAACAAAACUGCGAUGAGAGAAGUAAAGUUUCUACAGCAAUUUCAUCAUGAGAAUAUGGUCAACCUGAUUGACGUAUUUAGGCAGAAAAAAAGAAUUCACUUGGUGUUUGAAUUUGUUGAUCAUACAGUUUUAGAUGAGCUCCAGCGUUAUUGCUGUGGAUUGGAUAAGAAAAGGCUUAAAAAGUACCUCUUCCAGAUACUACGAGCAGUCGAGUAUCUCCACAACAAUAAUGUUAUACAUCGUGAUAUCAAACCUGAGAAUAUUUUGGUAUCACAAAGUGGAAUUACUAAACUCUGUGAUUUUGGUUUUGCUCGAACAUUAGCUACCCCUGGUGAUGUUUAUACAGAGUAUGUGGCUACGCGAUGGUACAGGGCUCCUGAACUGGUUUUAAAAGACCGGACGUAUGGAAAACCUAUUGACAUCUGGGCUCUAGGUUGCAUGAUGAUUGAGAUGGCAACUGGAAAUCCCUAUUUACGUAGCAGUUCUGACCUAGAUUUACUUCAUAAAAUUGUAACUAAAGUAGGCAGUUUGACACCUCAUCUUCAGAGUAUUUUUUUAAGAAGUUCAGUUUUUUCAGGGAUGGUACUUCCUGAAGUCCAGCAUCCUAAAAAUGCAAGGAAAAAGUAUCCCCAGCUCACUGGCUUGCUGGCAGAUAUGGUUCAUGCUUGUUUACAAAUAAACCCUGAUGAUAGGAUCUCUUGCUCAGAUUUGCUGAGGCAUGACUAUUUUACUAGGGAUGGAUUUAUUGAAAAAUUCUUACCAGAACUGAAAGCUAAAUUCUUACAAGAAGCAAAAUUAAAUUCUCUUAUGAAACUCAGGAGGAAUGUAGGACUACUAAAAGAUGAAAAGAGAAGUGCUCGUGUUAAUGCUUGUCUGAAUGGCCCAGUGUUUAGGAAGGAUCUCAUAAAGGACAAAAAAUCAAGGAAUCUAAGAGUAAAAGUUGCCAAAGUGAAAGGUGGGAAAAAAGCAAUCCCAGGGAUGGAAAAAACUAAUCAGGAAGACGCAGAUACUCAGCGUGCCGUUUUCUCACGGCUUGGUUUUCCUGAAGAGGCCAACCCUAACCUCUCUGAUAUGACUGCCUCUCUAAAUGCUAGCAGUGACCUCCUCACCGUGAUGGAGCAUCCUGUGUCGACAGUGAUUUGUUCAGCAAUGCCACCUAUCAAUCCAACCUGCGGGAACCUUACUGCUGCAAACUUCAACUCAUACUUGCCGAUUUCUAAUACAAGGGCAUCUGAAAAAACAAAGAAAAUAAGUGCUUGGCAAUCAGUGGGACAGAUGGGAACUAGCACCAAACAGGAGGAAGAGUCUGUGCUUCAGAUUCAAUCAGAAAAGGUCGCAGCAUAUGAACAAACUGCUCAGAUUGAUCAAACAGUGAGCGUGAACCAAAAGAAAUGUGGUAUUUCAAAAUCUGAGAAAAAAGACAUCCGCUUCCCGCAACUGCUGAUAACAUCACAACAAAAGGAGCUGAAAGGAAUGGAAGCUAAACAGGUAAAAACGCUGAAGAGGGAGGCAAAGAAUUCUGAAGUAUUUAAAAUACCUUCUUUACUCAGUGUUGAUCAAUGUCAAGAAAAACAAGAGAAUGUGGAAAAAACACACAAAAUAAACUCAAGCAGUCUUUCCUGGAAUAAGCAAUGUGCCAGCAUGUGAGACUGUAGAAUCUUUGUAGAGUAAAAUCUUUGUUCUUUUCUUAAUCUUUGAGAAAUUAAUAUGGCUGUUUAAUGAUGUAUGGGAUUUUAUACGUUUGCUGUAGUAAAUACGCACCCCA